CUUGAUAGACCUACGUUGUAUAGGCAAUAAAAAUUUUUAGCGCCAUCUGUCACAACUUAUUUUUAAUACUUUUAGUAAAGAAUGGUCCCAACGGAUUAAAUUUACUAGUACCAAUAAGUUCUUGGUAAUAAAUUAACUAAAAGUAAACAGUGAUUUGUUUGUAAUUGACUUACGAAGAAUAUUUCAAAAAAGUGUCUCAAAUACAAAAACCAGUUUCUGGUACCGACAUGACCUUCCAUAAUGAACAUGUGGCAGUUACAAGAAUCGCGAAAUUUUUGCCCCAAAUUAUUGCAGGAUUUGCAGGUACGUUACUUGCAAUAUCUGAUGGUAUGACGUUCGCCUGGACUUCACCCAUGACAAUCUACCUCACCAGCAAAGAGAGCCACAUAAAAACAACAAAAGAAGUAGUGGAAUGGUUGGAAACGGCGUUUCUUUGUGGGUGUUUUUGUGGUAUUCCCAUAACGCUUUAUACAGUAGACAAAUUCGGAAGGAAGAAAUCAUUGGUACUUGUAUCUGUGAUGAUGUUGGUUGGGUGGAUUCUGAUCGGUUUGGCCAAUAAGAUGAUUUACAUAUUUGCUGCAAGGGUUUUAGCGGGUAUAGCUAGCAACAUGGUAUACGUAGCAUGUCCAAUGUACAACGCCGAAAUAGCGGACGAAAAAAUUCGAGGAUCCCUUUCAGCUAUCAUGAUGGUAAUGGACCACGCAGGGUCCCUUAUAAUGUACGCCAUAGGGCCCUACACGCCGUUCUAUACGGCUCCUAUAUUAGGAUCCGUUAUUGUAAUCUUCCAAAUAAUUGUCUUCUCAUUUAUGCCUGAUUCACCGUUUUAUUUAAUAUCUGCUGGCAAAAUUGCAGAUGCUCACAAAGCACUAUCGUUCUUUAAGCCUUACAAAGACGCUGAUGACGAAAUUAAUGUGAUCUCAGCUUCCAUUGAGACUGAAAGAAGAGAAAAAGAGCAGAAGCCUAGUAUAUUUGACACUAAAGUCAACAGAAAAGUGCUAACGAUUAUUACAGUGUUAAAUCUAGCACCACAAAUGUUGGGUUACUCAGUAAUUAUCAUGAAUCUGCACAUUAUUUUGAAAGCAGCAGGAUCCAUAUACAUGGACUUCUCACUUGCUGCUAUCACAGCUGGUAGCAUAAUGCUGGCAGCAACAAUCUUCUGCUCUGUAUCUGUAGAUAGAUUCGGCAGAAGGAUUUUACUUCUAGUAUCGUCGACUAUAUCAGGCUGCUGUGUACUAGCCCUAGCUAUUUAUUUCCACUUACAAGCAUUAUCCUAUAACAUGACUCCAGUGAGUUGGAUACCGGUUGUAUCGGUAUUUAUAUUUUGUCUGUUCUUUAAGAUUGGAAUUGGCAUUGUACCCUUGAUAGUAAAUGCAGAAAUAGCUCCUGGUAACAUCAAAGCUAUAGCUGUCACUUAUGGCGAUGGACUCAAAAUCGUUGGUAGCAUUAUAGCGGUACAGAUUUACCAAUUCGUCACGAAGGCUACAGGACUCUAUUUGCCUUUCUACAUUUAUUCCUGUUCAGCUGUUGUUUUGGGAAUAUUUACGUUUUUCUGGAUUCCAGAAACUAAAGGACAUUCGCUAGAAGAAAUUCAGAGGAUUAUAAAAUCUCAUUCGGUAGGAAAAAGAUAUUAAUUGUUUGUAUUGUUGAUAUUUAUUUUUUUUACGAAUAAAGCAUUUGUAUAAAACUA